AUGGCUCGCCUUGUUCUCGCUGCUCUGCUGGCUUUCUCUGCCGUCGUGCAGGCCAUGCCCAAGCCCGUCGUUCUCAACGAGCGAGCCAUCAGCAGCAUAGCCGUGGCCGUUGCAACGUCAUCCGCACCGCCGGCAAUCUCGUCCGCCCCCGUCGCCUCUGCCUCCUCGACGACAGACACCUGUGUUGUCGAUUCUAGCCUUCCCGGCAGCCAGAGCGUCGGCACCGGCGCCGGUGCCCAAUUUAUCACCGGCCAGUGCUUCAGCAAGGACGACUGUGCCUCGGGCUGCUGUGUCGCCCAGUCCGACGGCGUCGCCCUCUGCAAGCCCGCCGUCGUCACCGCCGAGGAGGGGCUCAGCUGCGACUUUUCCUGCUCGGCCACCGUCGCUGUCCGUGAUGCUCCCGCCAACACCACUGCUCCUUCCACCAACAGCACCUCUAGCGGCACCGCCGUUUCUGCCGUUGCCGGCUCUACCAACACCACUUCGCCUGCGACUGCCGCCACCUGUGCCAUCGACUACAGCCUUCCCGGCAGCCAGAGUGUCGGCCCGGCCGCCGGUGCCCAGUUCAUCACCGGCCAGUGCUUCAGCAAGGCUGACUGCGCCUCGGCCUGCUGCGUCGCCCAGGCUGACGGCGUCGCCCUCUGCAAGUCGCUGAUUGUGACCGGAGAGGACGGUCUCAGCUGCGACUAUUCGUGCACUUCUUGA